AAUUAAAAAAAUAAAAAAUAAAAAGAAUAGCAUAAAAAGGGAGAAAUGAAAUGAGUAAGAGGAGAUGGGAUUUAAAAGGGAUACAAAAUUAGGAGGAGGCAGGAGGGGUAAGUGGUAAACGUAAUAAUGGGAAUGCAUGGAGGAGAUGAGGUAGCAAUAGCAUUAAGAUUGCAGGUCGUCUCCACCCACAAAAAAGCCCACACCGCAUACGAGAAUGCUGACCCAAUCACCACCGUCCAAGUGAGGAGGGGGCCAAUUGCCAACCACCCCCACCCUGUUAAUGAUAAUGAUAAUGUUAAUGGGCAAUUAUGCCCCCACCGCAUCCAUCUAUCUACCAGGCUGUUAGUUAGGAAAAAAAGGGGUGGGUGGGGGUGGGUAUGGUAUGGGUAGUGGUGAGGGUGGCGUGUUGUGACCGCGGCGCACGUUAGCCCUUUUCCCACAUCCCUCCCCAACUCGGUGGUGCCCUCCUGGUCCUAUCCACAUCUCAAAAUCAGCCGCAUACACGCACGCUCACCCACACGCACCACCACCACCCUUUAACACCACAAUUAUGUCACCAAACGCCACUUUCUCUUCCACCACCACCAAACCCUUUUUCCACCCACCCACCCCCUUCUUCUUCUCUUUUUCUCUCUCUCCUCCAUGGCCUCCCCUUCUUCUCCUCCCCAAUCCACCCCUCCUCCAGAUCCUCCAUCUGCGCUCCCCCUCGCUCUUCCCGUUCCUCCCCCCACCGCCUCCUCCUCUCGCCGCCUUCCUCCUCCCUGCUGGUCCCCCGACGAGACCCUUGCCCUAAUUGAUGCCUACCGUGACAAGUGGUACUCCCUCGGCCGCGGCAACCUCAAGGCCACACACUGGCAGGAGGUUGCCGACGCCGUCGCACAGAGAUGCCCCAACGCCUCUCCGGCCAAGACCCCCGUCCAGUGCCGCCACAAGAUGGAGAAGCUCAGGAAGCGAUACCGAACCGAGAUCCAGCGCGCAAGGUCCCUUCCUGUGGCGCGAUUCAACUCUUCCUGGGUCCACUUCAAGCUCAUGGACUCCAUGGAGAAAGGUCCCUCACCUGUCAAGCCAGAGAACGACUCCGACAGCCACGACGGCGAUGGAGUUGGCGUUGACCGUGACGAAGACGACGACGAUCAGGAUCUAUACGAGGAGAUCAAGAACGGAGGACACGGAUCUAACACACGGAGCCUCAACAAGUUGUAUCGCAACGGUUUUGGCGGUCCUCCCGGCGGUGGAAACGGCAGCGGCGGGUUUAGGAUUAGGAUCCCUACCGGAUUAAGCGUGGCGCAACCUGGAUCGAAGUUUUACGGGAAAUCUGGUGGAAAUCAGAAAUUCAAUAACCCUAAUUUGAAUCAGAACGCUGGAUCUAACUUCGGGACGAGGGUUUUGGGGAAGAGGGAGAGAGAGAGGGAGAGGGAUCCGGUUGGAGAGGUUGUGUCGGCGAUCAAGCUGCUUGGAGAUGGGUUCGUGAGGAUGGAGCAGAUGAAGAUGGAGAUGGCGAGGGAGAUCGAAGCCAUGCGUAUGGAAAUGGAGAUGAAGCGCACUGAGAUGAUUCUGGAAUCUCAACAGAGGAUCGUGGAGGCUUUCGCCAAAGCAGUUUCUGACAAGAAGAAGAAGCCAAAGAAGACUCCAUCCCCACAACAAUCUUAGUUUCGGGUUUCUGAGUUUGAUCUCUCUCUCUCUCUCUCUCUCUCUCUCUCUCUCUCUCUCUCUCUCUCUUAAGUAACACAAAUGUCAGUUCAGUUCUGCUUUUUCUGGUUUAGAUUUUUUUUCCUUUUUUAUUUUGGGGUUACUUUUCUUCUCUUUUGUUCUGCCUCUUUUUGUAAUUUAAGAUGAGACACCCGCCAUGUGGAACUUGAUCAGUUUUAGGUUGUUUAUUAUGGAGUGUAUUGAUGGAUGAAUUAUGAAUGUAGCUUUAGAUAUUCAUUCGUUUUC